AUGCCUCCCAAGAAAGCCGAAGACGAUCUCCUUGCAGAGCUGGACUCGCUGGGGAUCGAACAGGCGGCUCCCACGACGACAAAACCCGGCGGUAAGAAAAGCACAGCUUCCACCACCACGACGACAACGGCACCAGAUGGUCUGGACGAAGAUGCCUUUGCGGAAAUUGAGAAGCAGUUGGCGACCAAGAAGACUGCGUCACGGCCCGGGACGCCACGGUUGAGCUCCAGCACGACGACAACGACGACGACCAGCGGUGGCACUGCCAAAGCCACGCCGGCCAGCACAUCCGUCGGCAGCAGCCAGCGGAACAGCAGCGAGGAUCGUGCCACAAGGACCCAGGCGCCAGGGCGUAGCAGUGUCGAGGGGGGACGGAGCUUCCAUCAGGCACAAACGGUGGAGGAGGAAGCGCCAGCCAAAGCAGCCACUGGCGGUGGUUGGUGGGGCAGCAUGUACAGCGCCGCCUCUGCCGCCGUCAAGCAGGCCGAGACCAUUGCAAAGGAGAUCCGAGGCAAUGAGGAAGCGCAGAAAUGGGCGGAGCAAGUGAGAGGGAAUCUUUCCAACCUGCAAUCUAUUGGUACGGAUCUUCGCACUCGUGCCAUGCCUACUUUCACAUCCCUCAUUUCUCAUAUUGCACCCCCAAUUUCGGCCCACGAGCGCUUGCAGAUCCAUACGACCCACGACAUCCAAAACUAUCCAUCGCUCGACCCUUUGAUCUAUGCAACCUUCUCCCGCGUCAUGUCCCAAGUCGAAGGCGGCGACUUACUCGUCAUUCAACGCGGCUCGGAAUCUCGCAACCGCUCAGCGUCACAAUCCGGAGGAUACCGUGGGGCGGGCGUUCUUGGUGGGAACGGAGCGUCCUGGACAGACGGCCCAUGGUAUCGAGAAUCUGCUGCACCGAGAUCAUUGGGUGCUGUGAGCGGCCUGAAGGAAGGAACACGAUUGGUGCGGGUCUCCGCAGAAGCCUAUGCAAAGGAGUUUUUCGAGAGCAGAGGUGGUGUAGAAGCCGCCGCGCAACGCGCUACAGAGGAACUAUCCGAAACGAACCCCGUGCGAAGUUCCGACAUCUUCCUGGCAAUCCAGGCCAUUUCCUACACAGAGGAGAAGGAGCUUUUCGCGGGAGACGCGCAGACUGAGAAGAGUGAAGAUGUCGCUGCGGAAGAGGAGGGGUUGGUUGUGUUUGCCAUUUACCUUCACGAUCCAUUACAUUCCCUCAGCUUCAAAGCCCUAAGCCAGCCUUUUCCCCUAAAGUGGACAAAUUGGCUGGAUGCUAACGCUUCUGCUGAGGAUUCCGCAGAUGGCACCAUGAACACCGCAGCUCUGCCAGAGUCCAUUCGAGAACUCAUUGCUGCCGGCGGCGUGGAUCCCAGAGAAUGGGUUGUGGAGUGGAUGGAGGAGAUCUUGCAGCUCGGCGUCGGUGUUGUGGCACAACAGUAUGUUGCUAAGCGUAUGGGCGUGGGUGAGGGUGGAAUUGGAAGGGGCAAGAGGCCGGCCGAAGAAGAGGGUGGCGGCGAGGCUGCAAGGGCCAUUUGA